GUUAUAUAUAUACAGAUACAACAAGCACGAGAGUUGUGAUAGAAUCUUUCAACUCCAAAAAAGAAUGGCCAAAAAUCGUGAGAACGCAGCUGCAGGAGCGAAUCCCAUUCAUGAAAAGAGGAAAUACACCCGUUGGACUGAGGAGGAACACAGGCAGUUUCUUCGCGGGGUCGAAGAAUAUGGCAAGUCAAACUUGACAGAUAUUGCCAAGAAUGUUGUAGUGACCAAAACUCCAGCCCAAGUUGCUAGUCACGCACAGAAGUAUUUCCUCCGCCAAAAGAGUGGGAAGAGGACAAGACCUAGCAUACAUGACACUGAACCAGUAGUGGCACAGCCACAGAACAUACAUGACAGGGAACCAGUAGUGGCACAGCCACACAACGCAGAGCUGCCAGAGCAUCCAAUCCAACAAGGGCUAAACCCACCAAACAAUAUAAUAACCAAUGAUUUUCUAGCAAAUUUUAAAUGAAAAUCUAGAGGAAACUGCAGUAGUUUCAUGGUAUAAUGAUCGAGAUAGGCCUCCUUUAAUACUAGACAAGUUUAUGUAAGAAGGAAGCCUUAGGAAAAAGGAGUUAGUUUUGCAAUUUUGUAAUUGGUUUGUGAGGUACCAGGUUCCCUAAACUACCUGGCUUGUACCAUUUUGUCUCUCUUCAGAAUAACACAGAUUGUUA